AUGACUAAUAUUUUAGCUGGAUUGGUAAAGCAACAGGGUCAAGCCCCUGUCAAUCAGCAUAGGGACCCUGAAAUAGGGGAAGAUAAGGCCCUAGAGAGGUUUCAAAAGCUUUCUCCUCCCAAGUUUCUUAGAGGGCCAGACCCAGAGGUAGCGGAGAGAUGGCUGGAAACAAUGAUAAAUAUUUUCGCCGCCUUGAAUUAUACGGAGGAAAGGCAGGUGAACUUUGCCGUAUUCCAAUUUGAGGGACCAGCCAGAGUUUGGUGGAAUGUAAUUAGGGCUAAGUGGGAGAGAGAGUGGAUAGUGUGGGCUUGGUUGAACUUUGUGCGAGAGUUUAAUGAGAAAUAUCUUCCACCAAUAGUCCAGGAGAAAAGGGAGGAUGAUUUCAUUAGGCUACGUCAGGGAACCUUAAGUGUAUCUGAGUAUGAGACUCAGUUCACCAAGUCAUCCAAGUUUGCUCUUGAAUUGAUAGCUACGGAGCAAAGGAGGGUGAGGAGGUUUGUACAGGGAUUAAAUGUAGAAAUACAAGAGGCUUUGGCGGCGGCACAAAUUAAUACUUUCACGGAGGUUCUUGAGAAUGUUCAGGGUUUGGUUCCGGCAUUGGUACACGAGUACCCUCUUCAGUUAAAGGUUGUCUAG